GGGAAGCGAGAAGCCUGCGCCGCCGUCGUGGGCUGAGGACCGCUAGAGGACAGCCGGGAUUCGGCCCCUCAUUGCCCGGAGCGUUUUCCCGCCCGCCAAGCCCUACUCACCAGGUGGCCAUGGCCUCACUGGCGACUCAGGGCCCCCCAGUCCCUGACUUAUUUUCUGGGUUGCCACCGGCGGCCUCAACUCCUGCCAACCAGAGCACGGAGGCCUCGGCGGUCAAUGGGUCGGCGGCUGACCCAGGCGCUCAGGCCGUCACGCCUUUCCAAAGCCUGCAGCUGGUGCAUCGGCUGAAGGGGCUGAUCGUGCUGCUCUACAGCAUCGUGGUGGUUGUCGGGCUGGUGGGCAACUGCCUGCUGGUGCUGGUGAUUGCGCGGGUGCGUCGGCUGCACAACGUGACCAACUUCCUCAUCGGCAACCUGGCCUUGUCCGACGUGCUCAUGUGCACCGCCUGCGUGCCGCUUACGCUGGCCUACGCUUUCGAGCCACGCGGCUGGGUGUUCGGCGGCGGCCUGUGCCACCUGGUCUUCUUCCUGCAGCCUGUCACCGUCUACGUGUCGGUGUUCACUCUCACCACCAUCGCGGUGGACCGCUACGUCGUGCUAGUGCAUCCGCUGCGCCGGCGCAUCUCCCUGCGCCUCAGCGCCUACGCAGUGCUGGCCAUCUGGGCGCUGUCCGCGGUGCUGGCGCUGCCGGCCGCCGUGCACACGUACCACGUCGAGCUCAAGCCGCACGGUGUGCGCCUCUGCGAGGAAUUCUGGGGGUCUCAGGAGCGCCAGCGUCAGCUCUAUGCUUGGGGGCUGCUGCUCGUCACCUACCUGCUCCCCCUGCUGGUCAUCCUCCUGUCUUACGUCCGGGUGUCGGUGAAGCUGCGGAACCGCGUGGUGCCGGGCUGCGUGACCCAGAGCCAGGCCGACUGGGACCGUGCGCGGCGCCGCCGCACCUUCUGCCUGCUGGUGGUGGUCGUAGUGGUGUUUGCCGUCUGCUGGCUGCCGCUGCACGUCUUCAACCUGCUGCGGGACCUCGACCCGCACGCCAUAGACCCCUACGCCUUCGGGUUAGUGCAGCUGCUCUGCCACUGGCUCGCCAUGAGCUCGGCAUGCUACAACCCUUUCAUUUACGCCUGGCUGCACGACAACUUUCGUGAGGAGCUGCGCAAGCUCUUGCUUGCCUGGCCCCGCAAGAUCGCGCCGCACGGCCAGACCGUGACAGUCAGCGUGGUCAUCUGAUGCCACCGCGCCAGGGCUUGGCUGGGGAGCUCCACGUCCACUCGUCUCGAGGGUGCCCACCUGGGGCCGGACUGGAGCGCUUAUUCCCAGCACCAGGGCUAAUCCAAUACGUGGCAAAACUUCCAGCUUAGCCCUCUUGUCCAGCUGCCUUGCCUUGUCCUUGUGUCUAUGUAAAAUGUGAAGUGGGUUUUGGUGGGAGUCUUGUGCUUUGCUUGGAAGAGGCCAGGGAGAGGGGAGAGGAUUUAUUAUUUCCUCUUUACGCCCGUGAAUGCCAAACAAAGCUCUUUCUCCUGGUUCACGACAGUAAUUCAGAGCCGUGGCUGUCUUCCUUGCUUUCCCUUCUGCUUGCUCAAUGGUGAGUUGAAGGAACAAUGGGGGUGAGAUUUAAAAUGGCUGCGUUGGGGCUGGUGAAGCUUUUCGGGUUGCCUUUUAAAAAGGACUCAACUGAGCUGUCAUACCUGAUACUGAUGAGUCGAUCUGAAUCCAUUAAUUCCUAGGAUUCCAGGGAAAUAUGUAUUACAAAUCUGUAUCUGGGAUUUCAGCAUUUCCUGAAUAAGACCUUUCCACACCAAAAGGGUUUUACUUUGAAAUUCACUUGAAUUUAUAGCACAAAACCACUCAGGAGCCACCUUGCAAAAGGUCUUGCUAUUGUUUCCCCCCUCCUUAUUCCCUAACUUCUAUUUGAAAAUGAUAAGAUGAAUUAGUCAAUGAAGGGGUAGAUAUAUAGGGAUAAAGAAGGAAAGGUCCAAAUCACUUAAGGGGGCAUGUAACUGUGCACGGGACAGACAUCUCUGUGUGUUGUGUGUUUGUGUAUACACACCCAGUGUUUGCCACAGGGCAGGUACACAGAUAUUUGGCUUUCUGAAUAUUCAAUGUGAACCAUGUUCCAAAGCAUUCUCUUGCAUUCUCUAAUUGCUCAGUAGCGACAGUUCAACAGCUGUCAUCUGACUGCUCAGCACCUGCUCGGUGGUGACACGCUUGGAACACAACCCAGAAUGCAAGGACUGGGAGAAGUUUACUUAAGGCUGGAACCAAAAAAUAAACUCCCACCCAACUGCAAUCAAACAUUUCAUUCCUUCCAGGCUUAAGGGGUCAGAUGAAGACUGUUGGGCCAUGAUACCAGGCUGAUAAUCCUCACCUUCACCUCCUGAGAAUUUUGUAUAUGAGGACAAGUGCCCUGGGACAAGGGUUUUCACACUGAUGUGGGAGUAGUGACUGGACAAUGAGGGUGAGAGUCUUGGGAAGUGAUGCACGAUAUGCACCUGUCAGAUCAGCCCCUGAGCAUAUAGGGCAUGAGCUAGUGCAGCAACUGCAAGUCUGUUAUCAUCUGUAAGACUCCAGUACCACCUUAGCUCACUAUACAGUAGAAUUAACUUCUCUCCUUAUCUUACUCUCUAAAAUGAGCUCAUUCACUCAUGAAAGUGUGCCCGGAAAGGAAGGGAAAGAGGGGAAAGACUUGGGGAUGACAAGAAUUAAGUCCUAUUACUCCAAUGCCAGCAGCCACUGAUGGGAGAGUAAGUAUUCCUGGUUGGGCUAGUUAGCAAUAUGUAUCUUUAGUAGUUAUAUAGCCAGACUGUUCGCAGCAUGGGGGAGGGCAGGAAAAGCCUGGCUUGGGAGAAAGAAAAAAGCAGGUUAACUUGGGAGAUGCAAGUUACCUUUGGCAAUGGCACAAAUCACUAACUUUCAGCUUCAUCUGUGGAUGUGGAGAACAAAGCUUAUGCUCUAAUAAAUGUAGCCCACCAACAGCAUUAUGUGACUCCCCCGUUCCAAACGAGCGCAUCCCCCAGGCAUCCCAGAGGCUGACUCCUGUGCUUCCAGCAGCUCUAUUACUUGGGAGGCUCAAGGCCAGACAGACAUUUCAUGUUUCCUCAGAGCAUUCUUUUGAUGGGAAUGUGUGGAGAAUGGAGGCGAUUGGGGAAAGGCUGGGAUUAGUUGGGGGAAGGAUCUGAUUAAUUGUGGUUUCAGUUUUGGAAGGCUUAAGUCACUGGUUCUCAGCUCUGGCUGCUCCUAGAAUCAGUUGGAGAGCUUUCAAGAAACAUCAGUGCCUAGGUCCUAUCCCCAGAGGGUCCAACUGAUUUGAGAUGGGACCCGGGCCUCAGCAUUUUUCAUAGCACUUUGGGUGACUUUAAUAUGCAUCCAAGGUUAAGCCCCUUAAGAAUUAUCCUCUAAUGAAUCUCAGCAACAUCUGAAUGAAGCUUUGUUUAUACCUGCCAAAGGUAUUAUGAAUUUGGAGUUGAAUUCUGUCAGAGUGUUACAUGCUACACUUGGGGAAUAAUAUUCUUUUAGUCUUCAGACCAGUAUUCGUGAAUCACACAGAGGCAAAUCCGUAUAAUCAAAAUAUAUAGGUAUUCAUUCAACAGUUUUCUUACAAAUCUCCUAUGUGUAAGGCAGUGCAUGAGUCCAAUCAGUUUUUUUUUUCAACUUUAGAUUCAUUUGCAGUAUAAAGUUAUACACCAUGAAUUAUUCCAAAUCCUGGUUUCCAGGGUGUUAAAAAAAUUGAAGUGUUCUCUGAUGAGCUUGAUUGAAAUCUACAUCAACUGUGAGAAGAAAGUGUCCUCAUUAAUUACUAGAAAAGCCACCCGCUGUUUCUAGCCUACAACUUAAGUUAAAAAUUUUAACAUUUACAUGGACUUUAUGGAGAGCCUAAAGAGGCUGGAGAAUUAUGCUGUGUUUAUAAACAUCUUUAUGAAUGAUCCAAAUUGCCCCCUGAACAGCAACUAAUUAAUUCUUAUCCUAUCUCAAAUCUAUCUGGGACUAGUUUGACUGUAAAACAAAUGAACUUUAAAAAAAAUCUCUCAGAAGUGAGUCCUAUAGAAAUCCACAUAGCGCUGAGGUAGAAAAUUUAUUUAAUGUAAUUUAUUUUAGUUAAUACCAAGCAUCCAGUCCUCCUCCUGCAAAGGAGUCAUACAAACCAUAAAGCUGGGAACGGAGCCAGCCGGGUACUUGGCAACAGCCCAUUCCGAGGCUGACAGGAGGUUCUGUAAUCCUCUUUGCAAGCAUUGUCACUGGGUCUCACUUUUGGCAGCCAAUCAAUAGAUUUAUCUCAGUAAAUCAGCCAGGGAGUGUUUCAAUAUGUGUUGGCAACAGUUACCUGGAAAUAGCAACUGUGAGAGAUGCUAAGGUAACAAUAUUCCAAUUGAUGUAACCUUCCUGCAUUUUUGUUCUUGUGGAUUUUCUGCCUGCUCUUUUAUUGGGGGUGCUCAGUUCCAGGUUUAUUUUCUCAGGUGGGCUACUUAACCGUCUCGGUCCUGUGGCUUGCAUUUAUGAACAUUUAGUAGUCUUGCAAAUGCGAGGCAUGGAGCUGACAUCAAGGGGACCCAGGAAAGAGCGUAGCUAGAUCUGAGAGUGAACCCAGGGUCCAUCCCCCACAGGCGAGAGGUCAGGAGCACUUUUGUUUUACCAGGUAGAUCUUCAAUGGAGUUCCCUCCAUGCCUUGAUGUCUUUGUUAUAUGUGUAAGAUGCAUGUGUUACUGACUCACGGUAUGAAGCUCUUCAGGCUGGGGCUUGCACUGUUUGCUGCCUUUUGGGUGCUCAAUAAAUAUUAAAUCAGUAGUACCAGCUCAAGUUACAUACCUAGUGUAAACUACAUAACCUUGGGAUGGCCAGGGUCAAAGCAAAAAUAAAUCGUAUCAAGGAUAACAUGCUACUCAAUCUGGAUUUGUCAUUUCUAGCUAAUUCCAGAUAUGAACUGCUCAUUUGGGGUCUUCUAUGACCCCCUGGCUCCAAUCUCAGUAAUGACAGCAUUUCAGUACAUGGUACCAAGCUCUGUGCUUUCCAAAAUUGCAUGUGCCUAAAUUGACAGGUCCAUCAAAAGGAGAGUAGAGAAUUUCAUGC